GUUCGGAGAUGGCCGAGAGGGAAGCGAGCAGGCCCCCAAUAGUGAGUUUCAGCAUCCUCUCUGCAACAAGUCGAAGUGAAGGAAGCGCAACAGGGACCGCGCCAUGUCGGGCUCAGGCUUAAUGUAUGGGGGCACCAACAGCGGAGGCGCAGGUGCAGGCGACAGCAAACCCCAAUUCGAGUACGAUGCCGCCGCCGAGUCCUCCUUUGUGUCCUUCUUUAAAUCCCUGCCGCCUCAGCCAAACGGAACCGUGCGGCUGUUCGACCGAUCGACAUUUUAUAGCGCACACGCCCAAGACGCGUUUGUGGUCGCUUCUAGCGUGUACAAGACGCAGUCCGUCAUCAAGUACCUUGGCAGCGGAGGCAAAGUCAACGGGCUCGCAUCGUGCACCCUCAACUUGACAGCCGGAAAAAGUUUCUUGAGGGAGGCGCUGACGGCGAGGCAGCUGAGGAUCGAGAUAUGGUCUAAUGAGGGCGGAGGAAAGCGAUCCAACAAGUGGACCAUUGCUCAACAGGCUUCACCGGGUAAUCUACAAGAAGUAGAAGACCUGCUCUUCGCGAACACAGAUUUGGUAGCCUCGCCUGUGGUCAUUGCCUUCAAGACCAAACUGCUGGAUGGUGUUCUACACGUAGGUGCGGCGUUCGCUGACGCGACCAACAGAGAGCUGGGAGUGUCCGAGUACGCAGAGAACGAUUUAUUCAGCAACACAGAGUCGCUCCUAAUCCAACUCGGCGUCAAGGAAUGCGUCCUGCCGGAUGACAAGAAUGAAAAGGAUGUGCAACUGAGCAAGUUGCGCAUGGUGAUUGACCGCUGCGACUGUGUGGUCACCUCUCGGAAAAAGGGCGACUUUAAUGCCGGCGAAGUCGAGCCCGAUCUCGAGCGACUGCUCAAGGCGUCCGCCACCGCCGUGGCGACACUACCCGAAUACGACCUAAAGAUUGCCAUGGGAGCCGCGAGUGCCUUGAUCAACUACCUUGGCCUGCUCCGGGACUCGUCCAACUUUGGUCGCUACAAACUCAGGACGCACGACCUAGCGCAGUACCUCAGGCUUGACAAUUCAGCUAUGCGAGCGUUGAGCCUCUUCCCCGAGCCGGGCGCAACGGGGCAUUCGAAGAGUAUGAGCGUCUUUGGCCUUCUCAAUAAAUGCAAGACCGCACAGGGCACGAGGAUGCUCUCACAAUGGCUCAAGCAGCCUUUGAGGAACUUACAUGUCAUUCAGGAACGUCAAGGUCUUGUGGAGCUCUUUCUCGAGGAGACGGAACUGCGGCAAUUCCUGCAAGAUUCCCAAAUGAAAAUGAUGCCGGACCUGCACCGUAUCAGCAAGCGCUUUCAGCGUGGCGUCGCUUCCCUUGAAGACGUAGUGCGUGUAUACCAGGUGAUUUUGCGGCUGCCAGAUAUCAUCUCUGAGCUUGAAAAGACUGCGUCUGCGGGCACGGAAGACGAUGAGGAUGAAGAGAUGGAACAAAACGAAGGAAACGGACGGAAGACGCAUCGCACGCUGCUUCGCGCUCGUUUUAUCCAGCCGUUGAAAGAAAUGCGAGGAUUACUGUCAAAGCUCGCGGACAUGGUGGUAGCGACGAUCGACCUAGAUGAAUUGUCUCGACACAACUUUGUGAUCAAAUCCGAGUUUGACCCCAAGUUGCGGAAGCUCAAGAGUGCCAUUGAUCAAAUCCGCGACAACCUCGAUGAGCAGCAUAGCAAAGCCGGCAAGGAUCUGGGCUUGGACAUCACAAAGAAGUUGCAUCUGGAGAACCACAGCGUCUAUGGCUAUGUCUUUCGAGUGACGCGCAGUGAAGCCAAAGCGAUCAAAGGCGCGAAAAGCUACCACGAAGUCACGACCCAGAAGAAUGGCAUCUACUUCCGCACACGCGAGCUCAAAGAGUUGGGUGAUGACUAUCAGGAAUCAAUGCGGAGCUACGAGAGCCAUCAAAGUAGCGUCGUCAAGGACAUCAUCAGCACUGCUUCUUCCUACUGCGCACCGCUUGAGCAGCUCAACAUCAUCCUCGCCGAGCUUGACGUCCUGCUCAGCUUUGCCUAUGUCUCUGGCAGCGCACCGAUCCCCUACACCAAACCGCUUAUGGUGGACUCUUCCUCCUCCUUUGGCAAUGGCCAGGGUAGCGACGGCACUUCUCCGACAUUGAAGAUCGAGGAAGGCAGGCAUCCUUGUCUUGAGGUCCAGGAGGACAUCAGCUUCAUUCCGAACGACACGGUCAUGGAGCCGCAAGACUCGGAGUUCCUCAUCAUCACGGGCCCGAACAUGGGCGGCAAGAGCACAUUUAUUCGACAAACGGGUAUCAUCGCGCUCAUGGCACAGGCGGGCUGUUUCGUCCCUGCUGCACAAGGGUGCACGCUGCCUGUUUUCGAUUGCAUCUUGGCCCGUGUUGGCGCUGGAGAUAGCCAGCUGAAAGGUGUCAGCACAUUCAUGGCUGAGAUGCUUGAAACCGCAACCAUCUUGAAGACCGCCACGAAGGAUUCGCUAAUCAUCAUUGAUGAGCUCGGCCGCGGCACGUCGACGUAUGAUGGGUUUGGCCUUGCAUGGGCGAUAUCAGAAUGGAUUGCAACCAAGAUCCGCUGCAAGUGUCUCUUUGCGACACACUUUCACGAGCUUACCGCACUGGCGAAACAGCAAGCGCACGCAAAAAACUUGCACGUCGUCGCGCACGUCAAGCAGCGUGGGGGUGGCGACAAGCAGGAUCGUGAUAUCACUCUGCUCUACAAGGUCGAGCCUGGUAUCAGCGACCAGUCAUUCGGUAUUCACGUGGCAGAGCUCGCAAAUUUCCCUGACUCCGUCAUACGACUGGCCAAGCGCAAGGUUGCUGAGCUGGAAGACUUUGAUGACGAGGACGUUGGCAGCAACGACGCCGCCCUUACCGCUUGCAGUGAGGACGUAGAAAAGGGGGCGUCUCUCGUGGAAGAGUUUAUGCAAGCUUGGGCCAAGCGAUCUGCCGAACUCGCUCAAGAUGGGCAGCAAGCCAGUGAGGCAGAAGAGCCAGCCAGCAAGCGCCAGCGCGUACAGUCCGAUCUGCAAGUCGCUGAGCUACGCAAGAUGGUUGAGGAGUAUCGCCCGCGAAUGGAGGAGAACGUCUGGGUCUCCAAGGUCAUGCAAACCAUGUAGAUGCUCGAGUUCCCACAUGUAUACUCGAUAUGAGCCAUUCUGUACAUUAGGCAUGAUUCGAAAGACCAGCACUUCUCGGAUAAAGUGCGUCCAUAGCCAUGAAGAUGGGGCCGGUGAGAGCAAC